AUGGUGAACGGAAUUCCCUUCAGUUCUGGGUUUGAGAAAGGAAAAUGUUGGAACAUGAAAAUAGCGCAACUCAUCAUGGAUUUUUUUUCUCAACCGAUUGCGGAAGGGUUGAGAAGUCCAAAAUUUAAAACACAACACACACGUCACUGUAUUGAAGCUUGUCGAUGCUACGUCAGCAAGAAAAAAUUUGUGUUCGUUUCCAAUCAAGGCUUCAAAACAAGCUCCUUCUGUUACCGCAUUCAUAAAAUGAAAAAUUCUCAAAUAUCUCAGCGAAUAUUAAGAAAACCGGAAGAUAUCGAAGACUAUUUAUUCGCCAAGCUCUGCUAUAAAAUAAUGUAA